AUGGCGACCACCACCGGCUUUACACCGGCGACCACUCCGCCGCCUGGGGAAUCCUACAACUUCGUCGACCCUCCGUAUAUUGGGACGAAAUAUCUGGUGGUAAACUGCGUUUUCCUUCCGCUCGCCGCAAUUGCGGUCUUUGUGCGGACGUGGACUCGGAUUGUGAUUGUGCGAAGCUUUCAAUCCGAUGAUUUGCUCAACUAUGGACUGGGGAAGCACCUGUGGGACGUUCGUCUGGAGCACUUCAAACCAUGGUUCAACAAGUUAAACGUCAUCUCGGCCAUCUUCUAUUGCGCUGCCACCGGAAUCACCAAGUGUUCCGUCCUCAUCUUCUACAUGCGCAUCUUCCCGAGCCGGAACUUCCACAUCGCCGUCUGGGCGAUUGUCUUCAUCGCGGCGGGAUACUCGAUCGCCAGCGUGCUCGCCAACGUCUUCAGCUGCGCCCCGGUUGAAAAGGCAUGGGACCUCGAACUGAAGGGCAGCUGCAUGAACCGACCGGUCUUUUACUUUGCGAACGCGGGACUGGGGAUCUUUACGGAUUUUGCGACAGUCGUGGUUCCGAUUCCCUGGCUCCGACGCCUGCAGAUGCCUCUACGACAGAAGAUUGCUGUUGGGUCGAUUCUGGCCAUGGGUUGUUUCGUGGGUAUCGUCAGCUGUAUCCGACUGGCGUCGCUGUAUACCCUCAUGAACACCACCGAUCUGACCUGGGCUACAACAAACGCUCUGAUGUGGUGUACGAUCGAGCUAAACCUCGGUAUCGGACUGGGCUGCGUCACAGCAAUGCGACCGUUCGUGCGGAGAUACUUCCCCCGUCUGCUGGGACUCUCAUCGAAUUCAUAUCCGUCGACGCGCAAGUAUGGUCAUCCGCUGGGAUCGAUGCCCCGUAGCAACAACCCUGACUUUUCCGGGAACCGAAGCCACCAGUACUCGACGACCCUGACGACAUUGAAGAGUGCGCCUGGAAAUGAAAGCGAAGAGCAUAUAUUAUCGUCUGCCGACGCACAGGGGAAAUCCCAUGGGGUCGUGGACGGGAUUGUUCGGACGGUCGAGUUCGACGUGGAGAACGCUAGGAAGGAACGGUGA